UUCUGUUUGCGUUUGCGUUUGUCUUGGGUUGCUGUUUGGCUCUUGUUGUUUGAGAAACGAAAUCACUUCAUUUUUUUUAAAUUCUGUAAUUGACUAAUUGUGAAUAUCUGUAUUAGCAACUUGGAUGUUUGAUCUUACCUUAUAAGGAUGAACUCUUUUGUAUUACUAUUUCCGAUUUUGAUAUCGUUGUGCGUGGCAGACCAACAUGCAGUAUCCUCUAUGACAGGCGCUCAUCGAGCCCAUGAACGUCUAGUUGGCUCCAACAAAUGCACAUGGGGUCCUUCCUUCUGGUGCGAUAAAGUUGCGAAUGCCAAGCAGUGCUCAGCUGUUACGCACUGCGUGCAGUCAGUGUGGGGAAAGCAAGCCGAGCCUUCGGAUGACUCCAUCCUUUGCCGCUGGUGCGAUGAUCUCAUGGACGAUAUUCGUGAUCUGGUGGCCGUGAACACCUCGGAAAGCGGCAUGCACGGGUACCUGAGAGAUGGUUGCAAACGCAUUCCGAAAAAGAGCCGUCGUGCUGACUGCUUGGCGGAUAUGACGACGGAUCUUCCAGAAAUCCGUCAGAUGCUGUCGGCCAACGUGCCCGACCGGACCAUUUGCAAAACCAUCAACUUCUGCUCCCCAGCGGAACAGCCUCCCGCACAGCCUCCUACCAAUCUCCCCAUUCCCGCUCCUGCUGCAUCCAAUCGCAACUACUGCGCAGAUUGCUACAAUUUCUUCGAGGACGCCAAGGAGAUCUACAUUGGCAAUUAUACGGAGGAUGAGUUCAAACAGAUGCUGCUGGACCAGUGCGAUCAGGCGGGCUAUCCGGCUCUGACGGAACUGUGCAAAACGGUCAUUGAGCAGUACUGGCCGCAGAUCUAUGCCCGGCUGCAGAUGUUCUUUGAUCCGGAGGAGGUGUGCUCGCAGUUGAAUUUCUGCACGGGAAUGCAGAGCGGCAAAGCCAAGUGGUGGUUGCCGUUGGUGCCCUACGCGCAACGCAAGACUACCAAGAAGAUGGACUUUACACCGAUUCAGCUGCCAUUGACCCGCAUGCUUCUCAACCUGAAUUCCCUUCCCGCAGUCCGUGCUAGCUCAUCAUCACCGCCCCCUCCGAAAAAGGUGGCCUAUAAAAACGAUGUGGAAUGCGUUGUCUGUGAGUUUGUGAUGUCGUACUUGGACCGCAUGCUGGAAGACAAUUACACGGAAGCUGCCAUCCAGUCCGCCUUAGAACGCGUGUGCACCGUGAUGCCCAAAUCGGUUCGGGACGAUUGUGUGGGGUUUAUUGAUCAGUAUGGUCCGGCUAUUCUGGUCAUCCUCGGCAACGAACUGGAUCCCGCUACGGUGUGCGCCGGACUGGGACUGUGCAAGAGCAAGAAACCGGAAGUUUGCGGCGCGGCGACGUGCACAUCUUGCACGGAAGUGUUUAAGGUUAUUAAGGUGAUGCUGGAAGAUUACGACGAGAACGUGCGUCUGUCGAAUCUCAUCAAGUCGUACUGCGUCUUUUUCCCGGAGGAAGCCAGAACCGAGUGUGAAACCGCCGUGAUGACUUACGUGCCUUACGUUCUGCAGAUCGCCGCACAGCUUCUCGAUCCCGAGGGUGUGUGCCGUGCCGUGAAAUUGUGUGACCAAUAAAAGAAAUCGCCAAAGAUGCCGUGUACGGCAAUCAAUAUUGUUUUCGAUUGCGAACUUUGUGAUGGCGCUGAUGCUUUCCUUCCCGUUUGUGCUGUCAGUUAAUCUCCAUGAACUUGUUGAGUCUCUCUGCAUGCUUUGGUUACACGUUUUAUUAUAAAAAAAUUAAUAUUUUUAUUCCCAUGUUUCUAAAUACAGUUUUAGCAAUAAAAGCAUCUACGAAGU